CCUUCCUCUCCCUCUCUCUCCCUCUGCCCUGCUGUGAGUAGGUGGUUCCUUGCGGUACUUGAUUGGUGUGAGUCUAUAUAGGAGGAGAGACGCUCUAACAGGCUCAGAGUCUGGUGGUGCCCACUUGCCACACGUUCCCAAAAGGACUACCUGUUUUUUUUUGUCUGCCUUUUCCUGAGAGGAUUUACUUUGUUCUGACAGCAUGACGGAGAGCAAGAGGAAAGAUAGGAAAGGGAGAAAGAAGGGGGGUAAGAAAGGACAAAAGGAGAAAGAGGCCGAUCCCACUAAAGCUGCGGCUCCAAAGUUAAAACCGAUGAAGAAUCCAAUAAUAGUGGACGAGGGAAAAAAGCUCACAGUUAAGUGUGAGGCCACAGGGAACCCUCUCCCUACCUACAGAUGGUUCAAAGAUGGCAACGAGCUGAAGAAAAACAAAAAAGUCAAAAUAAGGAACAACCAGAAAAACUCCAAAGUCCAGAUCAGCAGAGCAAAACUGGAGGAUUCUGGGAAUUACACAUGUGUGGUGGAGAACCCGCUGGGAAAGGACAACUCCACUGGCACUGUUAACGUCCAAAGCAUAACCACAACGCUAUCUCCAGGCUCAGGCCACACCAGAAGAUGCAACGACACAGAGAAGUCCUACUGUGUGAAUGGCGGCGACUGUUACUUCAUAGAUGGUGUAAAUCAGCUCUCCUGCAAGUGUCCAAAUGACUUUACUGGUGAUCGCUGUCAAACCUACGUUAUGGCCAGUUUCUACCAGCAUCUUGGGAUUGAAUUUAUGGAGGCAGAGGAACUCUACCAGAAAAGAGUCCUGACAAUCACGGGUAUUUGUGUGGCUCUGUUGGUGGUGGGCAUCGUGUGUGUGGUUGCCUACUGUAAAACCAAGAAACAAAGAAAGAAGAUGCACAAUCAUCUGCGACAAAACAUGUGUCCAGAACACCCCAAUCGUAACCUAGCUAACGGACCCAAUCACCCAGGACCAGGCCCAGAGGAAAUCCCUAUGGUAGAUUACAUAUCAAAGAACGUCCCUGCAACUGAACGAGUCAUACGGCCUGCAACAGAGGGAUCGUUCCCUGCCAGCCAUGCCUCUUCAAGAUCUCACAACUCUUCCACACGUGCCCAUUCAUCCACUCACAGACAUGAGGAACGGACAUGGAGCCUGGAACACUCUGACAGUAUCCUCUCUGACUCGCCGGGAAUGAUGUCAUCGUCCGUGGGGACCAGUAAAUGCAGCAGUCCUGCGUGCAUGGAGGCGCGGGCACGGCGCGCUGCACACUGUGGUUACUCUGACCCCCAUCGGCCAGGCCUACAGUAUGGGGACUCCUUCGACUCGCUGGGAGACUCUCCGCACAGCGACAGAUAUGUGUCAGCCCUUACGACACCAGCCCGCCUCUCGCCAGUGGAUUUCCAUUACUCAUUGCCCCCACAGGUGCCUACCUUCCAGAUCACAUCCCCCAAUGCCAGCCAUGCCAUGUCUCUCCCUCCUGCUGUCCACAACCCCUACCCUCUGGAGGAUGACCAGCCUCUGCUGCGCCGCUACCAGGUGCCCCUACACGAUGCCCAGUGCCAGGAGCCCUACCGGCAGCAGCGUCGUACCUAUCUAAAUGACAGCAGGGGAAGCCUGCCCUCCAGCCCCUACCGGCUGGCUGAGGACGAAGACUAUGAGACCACCCAGGAGUAUCUCUCCUCUCGGGAGCAACCAAAGAGAAGUGGGUCCAGUGGAACUGGUAGUCGGCGCUGGCGGAGAUCCAGACUGAAUGGCCAUGUGGCCCCACGUGGAUAUGAGGCAUCUCGGGACUAUGGGUCUCGAAGCUGCCUAACAGAUAGUGAGUCAGAGGAGGACGGUGAGAGCACGCCCUUCCUCAGUAUGCAGAACAUGAAUGCCGAGCCCUCCACCAUCUACAGGCCGGUGGACAGUCGGACUUCUCACUCAUCGGGGCGGCACAGUGGGCAUGGGAACAUGCAUACAAGACUUACACACUCACGCUCCAAACCAGACAAUACACCCCAUUAAAGAGUGAAAAUGAACCAACAAAAAUCAAUAUAGUAUAGACCUGCAUCUAUAAGAAAUAUUUUUAUUUUAUAUAACUGACAGAUAUUCUAAACAAAUGAAAUAUUUAUUUUCAUUUUAGCAAAAGUUGUCUACUAGUUAACAGCAAAGACUUUUUUAUAGGGAAAACUCUAUUUAUAUGUACAUUUUGAUUUACAGCAUAAAAAGAUGUGCCAGUUUUUUCACAACGUAAAAAAUAGAGUAAUAUUGUGGUGCCUUUUGCUGUAUGCCGAUGCCAGAGGGCCAGUGGAGGUUUUUGUAGCCUUUCUUAUAUGGACGCCUCAUUUUUUAUACACAUUUAUGUUUUUUUUUUUCCUCUCUGGUUUCCUGUUUUACUUUCUUUCCGAGUUGCAUUCUUUGAGGAGUCUAGCCCUACUGGAACAUAACCCCUUCCAUAUCACGCAAUAUAAACCACUUCAACAUAAAGUGUAUGUUUACAUUAAUAUGAUUCGCCUGUAGGGUUUAUGAUUUGGGAUUUAAUAGAACGCCUGAUAAAUACAAUGUAAAUCCUUUUUGCCCUCUGACUAAUGUCUACCAAGAGAAAGAGCGAGUGAGAGAGAGUGAGAGAGAAUGUGUGCUUUGUGCGUGUGUGUGUAAAUGCCUGUGUGUGUAUGUGUGCGCGCAUGUCAGUUUGCUUGCAUGUAUUUGUGAUUGUUAGAUGAAUUUCAUUGUUUGUUGUGGUCACAUCAAAUGUGUGGGUCUACUGGUGUCUCAGCAGAGCUGACAGAAGAGUGUCUCAGAGGUCCACAGAAUAGUGCUUUAUCAGAACAGUGACCCCCAGUGUAGGUGGACAGGUAAGGCUGCUGUCAGGGUUGUAUGUUAUGCAGGUCAUUGCUUGAUGUGUUUACAGCUAUUCUGCCCCUUUCCCAGCCUGCCCUAGUUAAGUCCCCUUUAUUUCUCAGCAGGUUUUCCUCCUGUUAGCCUGUUAUGAGGCCAACAAACACUGAGCCGCUUGGCACUGGGUGACCCCUGCCAUCAGAGGUGGUGGCAAAACAAAAAGAUUGCAUCUGUUUUCACUCAACUCUGACCCUAAUCCCAUGCCUCAUCAUCCUUCUGUGUCCAUUCUGUUUUUGUGGCUCGUGUUAAAAGGCCACACAGUGUCUCAGGAUUUCAACAUGCCCCCCACCCACACCCCCCCCUCCACCUUAACCCUGUUCACCCUCUUCCUCUACUUGAGGAGGUCUACCUAAGACUGGUUCUCAGAUGUUGAGGGCCUAAAUGUUAACAUACAGUCUACCAGUUCCCUGAACACUCCCAUAGCGAGAGAAAAAAGUCAAGCGGAAGCAGCUCAGCGGAGAACAGUACAGAACAUGCUAGACAAUAGAAAUGAAAUAGCUGUGAAACUUUGGAGGAUCAUACAAUGCAAAAAUAUGCAAACUUUCUAUUUUGCUGUUUGAUUACAUCAUUUUCUAAGAGGUGACUGUAGUGUGUUGUGUGUGAAAAAAAAGAUGCCUAUAGUGUAGAAUGAAAUAACAUGAUAUAAAUGCAUAUUUACAUGAGUUAUUUUUUAAAGCCAUUAUGCAGCCAUCUAUCAAGUUGUCAGCCUUUCUUGUUCACGUAUUCAUUUCCAUUGAAUGACUGUGUUCAUGAAUUAUUUUAUCACUUGGUUUAGACCGCUCCACUUUACAUGCGCACUUCCAAGUAAUGUCAAAUAGCAUCCAGAUAGUGUCUCCUCCAAUAGUACUGUGUACUGCUUUGUCUUGUUGACGGAUCUAGUCAUUUCAAAUUUAGUCCGUAAAAUGAUAAUGAUUUUAAAAGUAAACUAAAUCAUUUAAGCCCUCUGUCCUCCACUGAAGGAAAAGUAAAUAUUUAAAAGAUAAUUCAAGAAAUGUCAAACCCAUUAUAAGUGACUCAGUGAGAGAGGACAGCUGAUGAUGUUUCAUCACUGUUGGUCUGUUUCUAUUUGUCGUUAAAAAAAAAAGAAAAAAAAACAAAAAAAAAAUGAAUGCUGAAUUAUCACAUGAUUAUUGGUUUAAAAAAAAGUCUUUAAAAAGAUUGAUCUGCAAUUCUAUCUGCUAUGUGGUAAAUGCACAGUGGUAUUGUUAUAGAGAAUGGUCUUUGGUCACACCUCACUUGCAGAUAUUUCAGAAGUUUCUCACCUCUGGGUCUAAUUUUGUAUGUCUGAAAAAUGCAAAAGAAGACUGUGCUCCUCUAGUUUAAAUGUGACACUCCCUUCACUUUGCCAGUCCUCUCACCCAAUUGAGAUGCUACCAGGCACGUCCUGCCAUUCUCUUCUGUUUAAUUUUAUGACACCCCCCGCCCCCCACACACACAACCCGCCCCUACUCUCCCUCCCCAACCCCACCUCCCUCCACCCCCACCUGACCCCACCCUCGCUUGAAAUGUUUGAACACCUCUCCUCUGCAUGUCCUUGUGGUCAAGGUUAGAUGGGUGCAUGGUAAAAAAGCAGCAGACAAUUCUUUUCCAGUCAGUGAAAGUGUAUUUCAUUUAACAUUCAGCAAUAAAAAAGAACCUUUCCCCAUGUCAUUCCUGAAAUAUGCUAGAAAAAAAAAAGAAAAAAAAAUGCGAGAUUGUCAUAGAUUGUAAAAUAAAAUGAAAAAUGAAUCCACCUGUUCAUAUGAGAAAAUAAAUCUUUAUUCAUAUCAUUUUAUGAUGUAGUUAUUUCUCUAGAAAGCCUUGCUCUGCAUUUUGAUUCAUCUGAUUUAUCUGGGCUUAAGGUUGGAAUCAUCUGGCACAAUGCACACAAUACACAGUGUGUCUCCGGAGUACACACAUAAAAUCUGAUUGUGAAAUAAGAUCUAUUUAAUAUGGUAAUUGGGGGUUAUAACAAAGCUGUUUUAGAUGGUAGUUCUGCUCUCAGAAGUGACAACUCAUACAGUCCUUGCCAGACACACAUUAAAAAAACAUCCUGAGCUGAACAUUGUAAAAUUAUAUAACUGUUUAAAAGAAAAAAAAAAGAAAAAACAAACAUAUGAGGCUAUCC